AUGGGCUUCGCCAAUCUUCUUGUCGGCGCGUGGCUAUUGCCGGCAGUUUACGGAGCGAGUUCAACACCCGCAGCUACCUCCUCGGCCAGUGCAGCACACACCCAGUUCACCAUCCCUGCCUCUGCAGACGUCGGUGCCCAGUUGAUCGCCAACAUCGAUGACCACCAAGCUGUGAAUGCUCAAUCAGUCUGUCCCGGGUACAAGGCGUCCAAUGUGAAAAACUCGACUCGCGGGUUCUCGGCCACCCUGAAGCUGGCUGGCAAGCCGUGCAACGCGUACGGAACAGACGUCGACUCGUUGGAUCUGGCUGUUGAGCACCUCGCAAAGGACCGACUGAACAUCCAAAUCACGCCAACCCAUGUCGAUGCUUCGAACGCGUCGUGGUACCUGCUCCCCGAGGAUCGGGUUCCUCGGGCUAAGGCCGACAAGGGCGUGUCGCGUACGCACGGCGAUCUCGAGGUCUCGUGGUCCAAUGACCCGAGCUUUAGCUUCAAGGUGACCCGCAAGGCUACUGGCGACGUGCUGUUCGAUACCACAGGCACUGUGUUGGUGUAUGAGAACCAAUUUAUUGAGUUUGUGACCGCCUUGCCCAAGGACUACAACCUGUACGGGCUUGGGGAGCACUUUCAGCAGCUGCGACUCCUUGAUAAUCUCACCCUGACCCUCUAUGCGGCGGACAGUGGUGAUCCAAUUGACAGCAAUAUCUAUGGGUCGCAUCCCUUUUAUUUGGAUACCCGCUACUAUGAAGUUGAUUCGCACGGGGCUCAUACCCUCGUCGCGAGUGACAAGGCGGACCCCUCCAAGGAGUACAAAUCUUACUCGCAUGGUGUCUUCUUGAGAAAUGCCCACGGGCAGGAGGUUAUCACAAAGCCUAAAAGCCUGACCUGGCGCACCCUGGGUGGUAGCGUCGACCUUACUUUCUAUUCGGGUCCGACUCAGCGCGACGUCUCCAAGAACUACCAAGUCAGCACAAUUGGACUGCCAGCGCUGCAGCAGUAUUUCACAUUCGGCUUCCACCAGUGUCGCUGGGGGUACGAGAACUGGACGGUGCUUGAAGAAGUUGUCGCCAAUUUCGAUAAAUUCCAAAUUCCGUUGGAGACUAUCUGGACCGAUAUUGAUUGGAUGCAUGCCUACCGAGAUUUCGAGAAUGAUCCCGUCAGGUUUGGUUAUGACGAGGGUGAGAAAUUCCUGGACAAGUUGCAUGGGAGUGGCCGCCACUAUGUACCCAUUGUGGAUGCUGCUCUAUACAUCCCGAACCCGCACAACGCCUCGGAUGCUUAUGACACCUACACCCGCGGUGCGAAAGACGAUGUUUUCCUGAAGAACCCCGAUGGCAGCCUCUACAUUGGCGCCGUCUGGCCCGGCUACACCGUGUUCACAGACUGGCUGCACCCCAAGGCAGCUGACUUUUGGUCGAAUGAACUUGUGACUUACCGAAAGAAGCUGGCGUACGACGGCAUCUGGGUAGAUAUGAACGAGGUUUCGUCGUUUUGCGUCGGCAGUUGCGGGUCUCACAAUCUUUCCAUGAAUCCGGCCCAUCCUCCAUUUGCGCUGCCCGGAGAACCCACCAACCUCAUCCUCGACUACCCGGAGGGAUUCAACAUUACCAACAAAACCGAGGCUGCCUCGGCUUCGGCGGCUUCAUCUAGCCAAGCGGCGGCCUCCAGCUCCGCAACAUCCAGCUCGUCCACAUCCUACCUGCGUACGACUCCCACCCCGGGAGAAGGCCAUGACCUUGCUAUCCACGCCGUAUCUCCGAAUGCCACCCAUGUUGGCAAUGUCAAGGAGUAUGAUGUGCACAAUCUCUACGGCCACCAAACGAUCAACGCCACCUACAACGGCCUGCUCCAGGCUAUUCCCGACAAGCGGCCGUUCAUCAUUGGGCGCUCAACCUUUGCGGGGUCCGGGAAAUGGGCAGGCCACUGGGGCGGCGACAAUUAUUCCAAGUGGGCGAACAUGUACUUCUCGAUCUCACAGGCGCUGUCGUUCUCGCUUUACGGGAUUCCCAUGUUUGGCGUGGACACCUGCGGGUUCAACGGCAACACAGACGAGGAGCUCUGCAACCGCUGGAUGCAGCUGUCAGCUUUCUUCCCAUUCUACCGCAACCACAACACCCUGUCAGCGCUCUCGCAGGAACCGUAUCGCUGGGCGUCGGUUAUCGGCGCGUCCAAGGCGGCAAUGAAGAUCCGGUACGCCAUCCUGCCAUACAUCUACACCCUGUUCCACGAGGCACACACCACCGGAUCGACCGUCAUGCGCGCUCUAGCCUGGGAGUUCCCGCAUGAGCCACUGCUGGCUGGCGUCCACACCCAGUUCCUGUUGGGGCCCUCGAUCAUGGUGAUCCCCGUCCUCGCGCCGCAGGUGGACACCGUGAAGGGUGUCUUCCCGGGCGUCAAGCACGGCGAGGUCUGGUACGACUGGCACACGCAAAAGGCCGUCAACGCGAAACCCGGCAUUAACACAACCGUCCCGGCUCCGCUGGGUCACAUCCCCGUCUACGUGCGCGGUGGCAGCGUCCUCCCGAUGCAGGAGCCUGCCCUGACUACCCAGAAAGCCCGCAAGAGCCCGUGGUCGCUGCUCACUGCGCUCAGCGGCAACGGCACCGCAUCUGGGAAUCUUUAUCUCGACGACGGUGAGAGUGUGUCGCCCACAGACACGCUCAAGGUCGACUUCAAGGCCUCGGACUCCAGUCUUAGUGCCUCGCCUCGCGGCACUUGGAAGGAGAAGAACUCGCUGGCGAAUGUCACUGUGUUGGGCGUGGCUAAAAAACCUCUCUCUGUCACUCUGAAUGGCAAGAAGGUCCCAGCCUCAUCUGUUCAGUACAAUGCCACUUCGCGUGUGCUGUCCGUUGGUGGGUUGCAAAACUUGACCAGUGAGGGGGCGUGGAGCAACAAGUGGAUUCUGAAGUGGUAG